CUCAGUCACAUGAUGUUUUUUCAGCCACUGCAGCUGUUGAUGGAUAAAGCCUCACACCGCAAAUCCUAAUAUUAUUUCAGCCUUUGUUCAACAUUAAACGGGCACCUUACGCCUGCAGCUUAUCGUUAAACAGACUAUGAAACAGGUUUGAUAAGCAGUGUGUCAGCAGUGUCGUUCCGCAUGGAGGAGGAGGGAAGGGAAGCUGAGGGGACUUCCUCCCAGAAUGAUCUUACCCACAAUCAGGAUCUCAGGUUGACAUUGCAAGAAUCACAGUGCUCUGAAGAGCCAGGGUCCGAAGAGGAGGUCAUAGUAGUAGACAAGGAAGCAGUAGCAAAGCUGACCGAGGGGCUGCUGUCCCACUACCUGCCGGAUCUACAGACAUCCAAACAAGUGCUCCAAGAGCUCACGCAAAACCAAGUGAUUCUGCUAGACACACUGGACCAAGAAGUUACCAAGUUCAGAGAGUGUAAUGCCCUGCUGGACCUCAACUCACUGUUUUCAGAGGCAAAGGUUUACCACAACAAACUGGUGAACAUACGGAAAGAGAUGAUGAUGAUCCACGAGAAGACAACCAAACUAAAGAAAAGGGCUUUGAAGCUGCAGCAACAGAAGCAGAAGGAAGCCCUGGAAAAGGAGCAGCAGCGUGAGAAGGAGCUCGAGAGAGAGAGGCAGCUUAUUGCCAAACCUGCUAAGAGAACGUAGGGUCGCCGGCCACAGUUACUGUAUUAACUCCACCGUUGCCAAGAACACCACAAACCAAAGACAUGGACUGAAUCAUCAAAUGCUGGUACACCCCGCUAUCGACCUCUGAUGAUACACACAGUAGAAUUUACUCAAGAGACUUCGGCAGCAUUGAGGCAUCAGCUGCUUUUUUUUUUUUUUUUUUUUUUUGGUCAACGAUUAAACAUUAAAGCUUGAUAUCUUGGCGCUGGGCCUUACGUCUUAGUCCAGUUUUCCAAUCAGUGUUGAAUGUUCUAGUCUGAAACAUGCUGUCUUGAUAAAAAUCAGAUACGUCUACUUUCAAUUUGGAUGACUUUCUUUCUGGAGUUCAGAUGUUAUGAUAACGGAUGAUAAUUUGUCAUAGUUUUACCCCACAAAGCCCUGCAUCUAGAAAUUUGUUUGACAGGCCUUCUAAUAGGUUUCUAUGCACUAUGAAGCACUUAAGCCUAGAAAACCUUUGUACCAUUAAUAAUAAAAUCCACACAAAGUGGUUUGUAGUA